AUGUUCUUCAAACACACAGUUGCCGCAUUGAGUGCGGUAGCGACUGCAUUCGCUGCACCUCACAUGAAGCGUGCUAAUGGCUUCAACUGGGGCAAUGAGGUCAUGCGUGGAGUAAAUCUCGGUGGAUGGCUGGUCCUCGAGCCGUAA